AUGGCGGCUCACUUGAUUCUGAGUCUUUCACGUCCACUUCAUUCUGGAAUCUCUGCAAUUUCUCCAACAAUGUCCAACCUUCUUUCUACUGAUGAUUUGCUGAAAACGUAUAGGAAAACUCCAUUCAAUUCUCAAUGUGAACAUGACUAUUAUCCCGGUUCAAGAUCAUCUUCAUCUUGUUGUUCAACGUGUUCAUCAUCAAUGAAAAAAGGAGAUGGUCAUGCCAUUUUCACUGCUGAAUGUUGGCAUUCUUUUCAUUUCAACUGUAUUACUUCCUAUCUGAAAGGCGGCCAAGGAAACCACCAGGUUUGUGCUGUUUGCAAUGUGAAAGGGACCGAGAUUUCCCUGCAAUCUGGCUUCAAUGAUGAUGACAUUCCUGAAUCAAAACUGAGUUUUCCAGAGGAUGAACUCAGUACCAUGAAAUUGAAAACUUACACAGAAUUUCCGGCUGUCUCGCAAUCCAGUGCUCCUGAUAACUUCGCAGUGUUGAUCAAUCUUCAAGUUUCGGGCCAACUUUUCGAACCAUCAUUUCGAGUACCUGUUGACAUUGUUACUGUUCUUGAUGUAAGUGGCAACAUGAAAGGUUCCAAGAUUGCAUUGUUGAAGCAGGCUAUGGAGUUUUUGAUACAGAACCUUGGUCCUAAUGACAGGCUUUCAGUCGUCGCCUUCUCUGAUGCUGCUUGGUGCCUGUUUCUACUUUGUUGGAUGUCUGAAUCAGGGAAACAGCAGGCAUUGCAAGCUCUUAACCUUUUAGAGGUAGUGGGAUCAACAAACAUAGCUGACGGCCUGAUUAUGGGCACCAAAGUGUUGGAAGACCGCAAAUACAAGAAUCCUGUUGCUAGUAUUCUGUUGUUAUCUGAUGGACAGGAUAACCAUAUGUUUAAGCAGUUGCAUUACCGGCAAAAUCACAGGCCUGAUUACCGGCGUCUCCUUCCAGAGCUUCAGGUGAAUAUUCAGUGUGCUGAUCCCUGGGUCAGUCUUAGUUCUAUAAAAGCCGGAAGUUUCGCGAAUCAAGUGACUGCAGAUGGAAAGAAGGGGAGUAUUGAUGUUGGUGACCUGUAUGCUGAUGAGGAGAGGGAUUUUCUGGUUACAGUUAAAGUUCCAACAGAGAUUUCAAGGGAUGAAACUGCAUUGUUGAAGGUGAAAUGUGUUUACAGUGAUCUUCUGACCAUGGAAAUGAUGAUUGUGAGAAGUGAAGAAGUUAGGAUUAGAAGGCAUGAAAAAGCUGGGCAUCAAGAUGUAUCUGUUGAGGUUGAUAGGCAACAGAGAAGGCUAGAAGCCGUGGAGGCGAUGGCGCUCGCACUAGCCGCUACCGAGAAAGGAGACCUGUCUGGUGCAACAUCAUUCCUUGAAGAAUGCCGGAAGAAGCUGUUGGAGAGUGUAUCAGCCAAGUCACAUGAUAUUCUAUGCCUUGCACUUGAAGCUGAACUGAAGGGAAUGCAAGAGAAACUGGCCAACAGAAUUGUAUACAGGAGAUACGGAAGGGCAAGAAUCUGUAAAGGAAUGAGAUCAUUCAGAAUGCAGAGAGCCUCAGGAGCUGGUCUCUCAGAAGCUGAACGAGCCUAUCAGACACCAGAAAUGGCCAAGAUGGUUAAAAAAUCGAAGGCUGCAUGA